GACCCGGACUGGAGAUCGUCGGUUCUAAAACGGUAUAGACGAGAGAGAGAAUCCUCAAAACCCAAAGCCGAGAGACAGAGAGAGUGUGUGUGCACCACCUCAAAGCCCUGGAGAGUACUUUAACUCGAAGCUCUGAACGUCGACGGUUUCUCUCCUCACGGUUCAGAGUUAAAGUUUCUUAUCAAAUUUCUUUCCAAUUUAUUCUAUCCCAAUAUAAUCGCUUGAUCUCUUAAAUAUAUUUGCUAGUUUUUUUGGGAUAUUUUUCUCAAUGGUUUACAUAAGUUCAUGGGACGAGUUUGUUGAAAGGUCCAUCCAGCUAUUCAAGGCUGAUCCUCUAUCUUCGAGAUACGUGAUGAAAUACAGGCAUUGUGAUGGAAAAUUGGUUCUCAAGGUCACUGAUAAUCGAGAGUGCCUUAAGUUUAAGACCGACCAAGCUCAAGAUGCUAAAAAGAUGGAGAAGCUCAACAACAUAUUCUUUACCCUGAUGGCCCGUGGUCCCACUGCUGAUAUAACUGAGGUCACGGGGAAAGAGCAACCUGAUAUGCAGCCUUCCAAGAAAGGACGGGGAAGGAGGCAAUGACGAGCCUCAAUUAAGAUAGUUGGGAUCAAAGUUAGUUACUCUUGUUGCUCAAUUAUGGCACAAUCCAUUUGUGUUCUUUUGGAUGAUUGGGAGGAUUUUUUGUUUGCAAGUAUCAGUGGCUAAUUGGGGUUCUUCUUUUCCUUCUUUUUUAUUUGAAAAUUUUGGAGGUUUGGAUGAUUUGGCCUUAUAAUGUGAGGCAUUGGUGAUGCUGGAUUUCCGUUUUGACAUUGUGAUUCACUCUGGGAAAAUUCCUCUCUUGGUGAUUGGAUAUCUGUAGUUUACUUCAGGAAAAUUUACA